AUGUUCACAAGCGCAAAGACCAGAGUCAGCCAAGUCUUGAACCACUUUACCAUCCCACGAAACUUCUCAUCAACAUCCAGCAUGGCAAAGCUAAACAUCAACUCUACCGUUCGCCUGAACUCAGGGUAUGAGAUCCCGCUCCUUGGGUAUGGAGUCUACCAAACACCUAUGGAUAUUGCCGAAGAAGUGACUGCACACGCAGUCAAGAGUGGCUACCGUCAUGCCGACUCAGCAGCUGCCUAUCGUAAUGAGGCGCCUACAGCAGCAGGUCUGCUCAAAGGCAACCUCCCUCGCUCAGAGCUGUUCUUCACGUCGAAAGUGCCUCCCAAAGCCAUCAACUACGACGCUGCCAAAGCCGUUGUUGAUGAAACGCUCAGGCUAACAGGCCUGGAUUAUGUGGAUUUGUAUCUUNUGCAUGCGCCAUAUGGUGGAAAAGAGAACAGACUGGGUGCCUGGAAAGCUCUGGUAGAGGCUGUGGAAGCAGGAAAGGUGAGGAGUAUCGGCGUGAGCAACUAUGGCGUCCAUCAUCUCGAAGAGCUCGAGGAUUGGAUCAAGCAGACCGAGGAGAAGGAAGGAAAAGGCAAGGGUGGCGUGUUGAGUGUCAACCAGGUCGAGUUGCAUCCUUGGUUGGCUAGAGAUGAUAUAGUGGAAUGGUGCAACAAGAGGGGUGUUAUCAUGGAGGCAUACUGCCCUCUGGCUCGCGCAACCAAGAUCGAUGACCCUCUUCUUACACCUCUAGCAAAGAAGUACAACAAGACAACUUCUCAAAUCCUGCUUCGCUGGGGCCUUCAANAAGAACUUUGUUAUUCUGCCUAA